UCGCCCGGGCCGCCGCCCCCUCCCCCUCCCCGCCGCUCCCCACGUGCUGGGAGUCCGGGUCGCGGCGGGACUAAAGCACCCGGCAAGUGCUCGCCGCUCAGCCCUCGCCGCUCUCCCCUCGCGGCCCCGCCAGCCCCAAGCCGAGGAGGCCCAGGCUCGACUGCCCGGCUGCCCGACCGUCCGGCGCGAGGAUGCGCUCUUUGGCGCCGGCCUGCGCUCGCCACUCACACGCCCCCUGUGCUCCGAGCCCGUCAGCCACUGCCGGCCCUCACAGAGCCGCCCCGGCCUUCGCCCGGCGCUCGGCCUCUGGGCCGCCGCCCGGGAACCGCGCCGCCCCCGCCCUCCGCCUGGCCGGCUCCCGUCCUCCCCGCCACAUCCUGACCCGCCCGCCGCCCCCUUUCUUACCGGCGGGCGUGCAGGCUUCGCGGGGCGGAGGGAGCCGACUCGAUCGGCGGCCUCCCCCGCGCCCGGGCCCGCGGUCUCUGCCGCUAGUGAGUCCUCGGGCUGCGGGCGUCUCGGGGUAAGCCGGAGUCCGUGAGAAGGAGGGGGAAGGGGAAGGACGCGGAGGGGAAGGGGAAGCCCCGGGCCGCGGCACCAACGCGCGAUCCCCUGCGGAGCGGAUCCAACAAUCAAUUCAUUAUUGAAGCACCAACGGCGAAGGCAGCAAAAGCGAGAAGUAACGAGCCGUCGUCGUCGCCGCGGCCACGCGCGCGCUCCCGCUCCCGCCGCUUAUCGGCUCCCGGCAGCCGCCAUGACGCCGAGAGAGCGAGCGCAACCGUCUCCGUCGUAGCCGCCUCCGCCGCCGCCACCACCGAGGUCGCCGUCGCCUCCGCCUCCCGCGCGACAGGCCGGGAGUUGAAUUCCGGGAAGUGGGAGCUGCAGGCUCGCUCCGUGCGGGUAUGGACGCUACUGUCACUCGGAACGAUUACGCAAGGACAUCGCGACUGAGAGACUGAGAGGCUACGGGGGAAGCCGAGGGGUGGGGAAACGCUAAAAACUACGUUGGGGCUGGGGUGCCGCGGGAGGCCAAGUUGGAUAAGCCGAGGAAGCAGGGUCUUGCGUGGAACCUGGUUGCCCAGGCCCCAAACCAUCACUCCCUCCGACCAGUCUGAGCGCCUGUCCAGAGGGGUGGGGAGGGGGCUAUGCGUCACACCAGGCAGCUUGGGAACCCAACUGUUGGGCAACUGUGGUCACCUCCGGCCGCCUCCUACGCUUAGGCGGCCUGUGACACGGGCCCCCUCCGGGGUCUGAUACCCCGAACGGGCGGGGCUCUUGAGGAGAUGGGGGAAAAUAGAGACCGAGUUGUUGACCUCGUGUGACACUUCCAUCUGUGGAUAGCCUUUGCCUGGUUCAGUAAAAAGCUUUUACGA